AUGGCCUCAAACGGCGAUGGCCUCCCGACGUCGUCCUCCCAACAUGCCUCGCAAGCACGGCGCCCCCCGGUGCAGAACAACAAGUCAAUCAUCGCACCUGCUCGCCCCACGUCGUCGCCUCCUCGCGUCCGCUCUGGUCCACCACCUCGUGCCCCCACGGCCGCGACCCCUCGCGUUCGCUCUGCCUCUCCUCGUCGCCCCGCCGACACGACAGGUCUUACCCGAUUUGACGCGCUUGCACAAUACAACAUCCACCCCACCCUGCUCCAGACCAUUGCCCAGGACAUGAAGUUCGAGUACAUGACACCAGUCCAGGCCGAGACCCUGCCCCUGCUGCUCUCCGGCCGCGACGUCCUCGCCCAGGCCAAGACCGGGACGGGAAAGACGGUGGCAUUCCUCCUACCCGUCAUUCAGAAGCUGGUCCAAAAUACUGAACCUACCGGGCGCACAAGCCUGCUCGUUAUCUCCCCGACCAGAGAGCUCGCAUUGCAGAUAGCAGCCGAGGCCAAGGAGCUUCUGCAGCGAUUCCCAAUGUUCAAGGUCUGCACUGCCAUCGGUGGCACCAACAUGCGUAGCGAGACCGCCAGCAUGCGCAGGGGCUGUGACAUCCUCGUCGCAACUCCCGGGCGACUCCAAGACCAUUUGACACAGCCCGACGGGGCCAUCCGAUCCAUGAUGCAGUCUCUCCAGGCCCUGGUCCUGGACGAGUGCGAUCGUCUCCUGGACAUGGGCUUCCUCAGGGAUCUGAAGAAGAUUAUUGGUCUUCUCCCGGACAAGACAACCACCCAACGCCAGGGCAUGUUGUUUUCCGCCACCAUCGCCCCUCACGUACAACAGUUUGCCAGCCUGGUUCUCGCCAACGGCUAUCAGUUUAUCUCUACCAUCCCGGAGGGCGAGGCCCAGACCCACGAGCGCGUGCCGCAACAUGUCACCAUUGUUCCCGAGUUCUCCGACCUGGCAGCUGGCACGGUCGGAGCCAUACGCCAGGAGAUGGCAAGAGUUGGCAAGGCCAAUUUCAAGGCCAUCGUUUUCGCCCCGACCGCUGCGCAGGCCGACUUCUACGCCGACGUCCUGGGGGCCUUCAAAGACCUGCCACCCAUCUGCGCCCUCCACUCACGCAUGUCGCAAGGCAAGCGCACCCGCGUCACCGACGAGUACCGGAAUGCAUCCAACGGCAUUCUCUGUGCUACGGAUGUGGUUGCCCGUGGCAUAGAUUUCCCCGCGGUUUCCAACGUCUUCCAGGUCGGCCUGCCCAUGGACAGGGAGUCCUACAUCCACCGGCUGGGCAGGACUGCUCGUGCUGGCGCCGACGGCCACGGCACUCUGGUUCUCGCCUCCCACGAAGCCUUCUUCCCCAAGACGGCCCUCAAGGAUUUGAAACUGAACGAGACACCGGCCGACCUGAGCGCCCAGGCUGAGGUGUCCGCUUUCACCAGGAACAUGGACCCUGAUAUGCAGGGCAAGGUCUACCAGGCAUGGCUGGGAUACUACAAGAGUGCCAAGAUGAAGAUGUCUGUCAUCGAGCUGGUCCAACAGGCCAACAAGUUCGCCCUUGAGGGUCUUGGUGCGGCGGGAGUGCCUGCCCUGAAGAAGAAGACCGUCGGCCAGAUGGGACUGAAGGGCGUCCCGGGACUCAACGUGUCCAAGGUGUAG